AUGGCACAACUCAACUCUACUCUAGUCACUUCUAACAUCUCUUCGACUCUUGGAUAUUCACCUCCCACCUCCUGGGACUCCAGGGGUCUGGUUCCAACAGUGGUGCUGUCCAUCUGCUUCCUGCUGGGAUUCCCUGGAAACAUUGCUGUGAUCAUUCUCAAGCCAAACUGGGAGAACAUGUCCAGUCUGAGCCAGAGUUUGAUGCUGAAUCUGGCUGUGUCAGACCUGCUCUGCAUACUUACCAUUCCAGUGUGGAUUCAUUCUUUCCUCUGCAGCUGGACCUUAGGCUUGGCAUCCUGCAAACUCCUUACAUACUUUGUGUAUUGGAGCAUUUAUGGCAGCCUGCUGACUGUGGCUGUGCUGAGCAUCCAGCGUUACCUUCAGGUGGUGUACUUUGAGAGGCGUUUACAUCAGGUAAAAGCAAGGAAGCUGCUGGUUCCACUCUGGCUGGUUGCAAUGAUCCUGUCCAUUCCUGAGUUAGUAGUUCGACAGCUGGUAGAAGAUCAGCAAUGGACAAAAUGCAAAAAUCGACACUCUUCUGAUGGCCAGCGGUUGGCUGUGGUGUUGACAGAGACUCUUGUAGGAUUUGUGUCACUUGCUGUCACUGUUUUUGCAUACAUCAGGCUCUACAGAAAGGUGACUCGGGCAGUCUUUUUCAACAAUCCACAGACCACCAGACUGAUUAGCAGUAUCAUUGUGAUCUUUGUUGUCCUGUGGUUGCCAUAUCUUGUCAUAAAUUUGUUGGCUGUGGCAGCUAUUUCUCUAAAAAAUGAGAGCCUUCUGGAGUUUUGUCAAGACAGCUGGAACACUGUUGGAGCACUAACAUUUGUAAAUAGUUCAGUGAAUCCCCUCCUGUACGCCUUUACUUCUAAUCGUUUGUCUACUGUGUGCCAAAAAUGUCUGAAUUUUUCAUACAGAAAAUCAUAA